UUUAAAGCGACGCAAUAGGCUUGCACUGACAAGUAUAGCAGGCUUUAUGUCAGGUUACGUGUGGGGAGGUUUAGUCAGUGAUUGUGUCGGUUUUAAGCGACGUAAUGUAUUCAUAUUUCGACGCUAAGUUGUUAUCCAUAUUUAAUUUCUUUGUCUCCCUUCACUUCCGUGUUCCACUUCUGUCUCUCGUCUCUAUCACCCAUUUCUGGCUUCCUCUUUCCCCCACUUCCUUCUCCUUCCAUUAAGUUUUGCAAUGGAUAAUUCCCGUGAAGAUCAAUGUUCUGAGGAACUUCAUUUGGAAGAGGACGAGGGUGAUGCUGGUUCUUUUUUGAAUUGUUAUGAGUGUCAGUUUUUUUUUUUUUUUUUUUUUGUGUGUUUGAACGAUUAUUAUUGCUAAUCUGAAAAUAUACAUUUGUUUCCUAGUUUUUAAUUGUGUGUUUGUAUUAACAAGGUACAUCUCAACGGAGGCGUGGACCCUCAAUUCCUAAAUGGACGAAACAGCUUUGUUCGUUUGAUUCGUCCGGAAAAUGCAUUAGUGAUAACGCUAGUGCUUUUUCAAAACAUGUAGCAGCGGAGGUUAGGGACUAUAGAAAUCUUCCGUUGGAGAAAGAUUGGCGUAAGGUUACGGAAGAAGAUAAGGAAGCUUUCUGGAAUAGAAUAAAGGUAUAUAUAGAUGUUUUUAUUUUUAGUUGAAAAUAGAAGAAUAGGUCAAUGAUUGUAAUAAUAUUUGACUAGCGUGAUUUUUUUUGUUUUUUGUUUUUAUGUAUGUAGGGAAGUAUCUUUUUUGAAGAUGCAGAUAUAGUAAAAAUGCCUUUGAUCCGUCAUAUGACGCUUAAGAUUGCGGAGCAUGCGCACAAAGAGUUUAGAAAUAAGUUAAAAAAAAAGUAUUAUACUAAAAGAGCAGAACAGGUGCGCAGCGAGCCUCCUCCUGAUGUGAUUCCUACCCAGUGGAAUGAUUUGUUGGCAUAUUGGAAUAGAGACAAAACAAAGGUAAACCUUACACGAUUUAUUUCGUUAUAACUUUAAAGUUGCCUAAUAUAAUCUUUUCUUUUUUCGUUCGUUUUUUUUCAGGAGGUUGCUGAAAAAAAUAAGAUUAAUCGGGGAUUGAAAUCAAUGAACCAUACUACUGGUACAAAAUCCUUUGCAAGAGUGCGGGAAGAAUAUCGGAAGAAGCAUGGGAAAGAAGCAGAUCCUGUAACCUUUUUUCGUGAAUGUCAUACACGAAAAGAUAAAACAUGGAUUGAUGAAACAUCGGAGCGUACAGGGUCAACAAUGGAGAGCAACCUGCAAACAUUGAUUGAGUCGGGCCAAGACGAUAAUGAAGAUCUUAGGACCCAAGUUUAUGUUGAUACUAUGGGUCCUGAGAGGUAUAAUAGAGUCAGAGGAUACGGUCAUGGUGUGACUCCUGAUAUGGUGUCUUAUGCAUCUUCUUCAUCUUCUACAUCAAUUUCCUCUAGGAGAUCAUCUAAGAGUUCAAUGGCGUUGCUAAUGACUCAAAAUAAUGAGUUGAAAAUGAGAGACGAAAAUAAUAAUAAACGGAUUUCGGACCUAGAGAACAAGCAAAAUCAGUUGUUUGCAUGGUUUUUUCAAAGAUUUCAGCCACAACCACCAUAUAGCCCGGGAACCCAACAAUCAGGCCACAGUCAACCUCCUCAACAGUCGGGCCAAAGUCAGCCUUCCCCUGCAUAUCCGUAUGCUGGCCAUAAUCAGCAACCUCUAUAUCCUGUGUAUCCGAUGCCUGCGCAGCCCAUGCCAUACAUGCAGCAGCCGCCCAUGCCAUACAUGCAGCAGCCACCUUAUCAAGUGCCAGUAUAUCGACCUGAGAUGGCUGCUGCUAGUGGAUCUUUUCCUGAAGUUCCAGUUGGGGGGUUUUCUGGAAUGCUUGCAGGUGUUGGAUUUGAUGUGGACUUGUCGAGGAUUUUUGGAUCAGAUGGAGGAUCUCAAGAAGGAGGAUCUCAAGGAGGAGGAUCUCAAGGAGAGAUUCUCAAGCAGAAGGAUCUGGACGACGUUCAGGCGCAGAUUCGGUUGGGUAGUUUAAUUGGUUCUUUUUCUUGUCGGUUAAAUACGACAGUAUAA